AAGGAGCCCAACAACCCCACAUCGCAGGCACGCUUGUUGUUGCCCACCUACGCCUCUCCGCCAUGCCAAGGGCGGGUCAGAGGAUCGCAGCAGACGUGGACGUCAUCGAGGAGGCUGAGCUUCGCCGACUGGAGGGCGGCGGCACCAGCGCCGCCGCGCCCACUGCCUCCGCCGCAAUCCCUGUCCCGCUCCGCACUCUCAAGGGUGCUGCGCGCGAGAAGGGUUACGGCCCACGUGCGGGCAGGCAUGACGGCCAGACCAACACGGGCGACGUUGACUGUAGAGAGGGCAAGUGGUCGGACAGCGAGGCGGCGCUGGUUUGGCGGGUCUUUUCGACACAGCUCUCCGACUACUAUCCCGGCGCAGACGAGGCCGACCGCCUCGCCCGCUUCUUCCGCACCGGCUCGUCGUCGGCGGCGGCGGGGGCGGAGGCCGCCGACAGCAGGGAGCGGCGCGAGGAGAGCCGCGCACGCCACCGCGUCUGGAGCUCGACCAAGGAGCUGUACGACCGCGAGAGCGAGGCGAGGGGCGAGCCGUCGCGCAAGCUGUCUGCGAUCCGCAACCGCGUGCUGGCGGUGCACCACAAGAGGACGUCGGCGCGCAAGUGGACGGCCGAGGACAUCGCGCUGCUCCGCCAGCUCGGCGACGCCGACGUGCCGUGGGUCGACGUCGGCAAAGCUCGGCUCGGCCGCCUCUCUCCGUCCAGGACGUGUCCGUGACACGUCCACGCUGUGUCUUGCAGGCGAGGAGCUCGGCCGCUCCCCCGCCGCAUGC